CGUGUCGUCCGCUCCGGCCGCGGUUCGUGGCCAAACCUCACCUCCCCCUUGAAUUCUUGUGGGAGGGAUGUUCUAGUUGCGGUACUGCCUGUCCUGUUAAGUCAUGAGUUAGAGCCCCGGUUUUAGACGAUAAAUUCCCAUUUUGACGGAAGCUUGACUCGAACUAAAUGCACUUUUCCACGGUCAUGCCUCUCGGGGCCGCAGUGGCCUGUGUCGCCCCGCGGCCGACCCUUUUUCGGCUGCUCAAAUGUCGCCCCCUAACCCCGUCGGGACUCCAAAAGAAUAGGAUAGCUUUUAGCAGUGCCAGUGCAAGGAGCGCGAGCGGACAGAGUGUGGAGCACUUGGAUCUCGAGAAGGCCGACGAACUAGUACUGCGGUUCACUGAAGAGGAGAGAACCAUUUUGUUGUCUGCUCUGCAGAAUUAUCAGGCCAAGAAGGUCAAAUCUGAGUAUGAGGGUCAGCUUGCUGCUAUACGCUGGAGGUCUAAAUUUGGCAGGCCCUCCAAGGUUCCGAAUGUUGGUGACGUCGAUCCAACUGGCACAUUUUGUCCAGUUCCUGAGGAUUGGCUGAUGCGAAAAUAUGUGGAAAAACAAAUGGAGGAAAAUCCUGAAACUGUUCCAAAACCUACUUCAAAGCAACUUUUUUCAGUUGGAGUACACAAUGCUAUCCCAUUUGUUGGUUUUGGGUUUUUGGACAACGCCAUUAUGAUCAUAGCUGGGGAUUAUAUUGAGCUCAUGUUAGGAUCAGUCAUCACUAUAUCCACAAUGGCUGCUGCUGCGCUGGGCAAUACCUUUUCUGACAUUAUGGGCAUUGGCUCAGCAUGGUAUGUGGAGUCAUUGGCUACCAAAAUUGGUAUCAAACCUCCAAACCUCUCACCUAUACAGCUCACCAUGAAUAGGAGUCGCUGGGCUGCUAAUAUGGGUCGGUGCGGUGGUGUGACUAUUGGCUGUCUCUUGGGAAUGUUACCUCUUCUGUUUAUGAAUAAAGACAAAGACAAAGAGAAUGACGCUGAAGCUACAAAAGAAACUAAGCAAGAGACUAUUGCUGCUGUAUGAAGCAUGAAUUUGUUUGGCAAACAAUUACUUUUUGAGUUUCAUAUUUCUGAAACUAAUAUUUAACUUCUGACUUCAAAUUUUUGUCUUCUUAUCUAUGGUCUGGGGCCAUCCUAAGUACUUCUUAGCUCUGUCUGUAAACUCUAUUUUAGCUGCAACUGAGCUCUAUUCGUUGCAUCUUACAAGGUCCAUUAGGUAACAUGUCAAAUAAAUAUAUAUUUAUAGUUAAUUUUCUCCUUGGUAAGGCUGUGUGAUUAACUUAAGUAUAAAAAAUGUAGAUUGCCUUUAUUCUACUAUGAGGUGCUUUCUAGAACCCAUUGCUACAUAGAAGUUAUUUAUUUUCUGCUAUCUAUUGCCUUGGACCAAUCUCUUGCCAUUGUGAACUUUUUGGCAACUUGGUAAAAGUGCAACCUUUGCACUUCUUUUAAAGACUACUUCAUUGAUAGAUUUAGAUCACAACCAUCUAUGGUACAAAAAAGAUUAAAAUUUUAAGGUUUAAGGACUGUGACAGUCUGUAAGGCGUGAAGACUUGAACAGUUUGUCUUUCACUUCUAAAAUUUAUUGACUGUUCCUUAAAAGUUAUUGUUGUCUCUUGUUGGCUUAAGUUUUAUAGAACUCUAAUUCUUAUUGAUAAUGCUGUUGUCUGUGAAUGACUGGAAAACUCCAAAUUUUGUGUGUUGUGGUUAGCUAAUUUCCAUCAAAAUCAUUAUUGGCUUGUUUUGCAAUCAUGUACUGCCACAUGUUAACCUGCCCGAAAAUUCUCUCAUCAUACGAAUUUGUUAAGGGUCAAUUUCUCAAAUUUUGGUGUACAUGCUUGUUUUAGUUUCAAAAAUAGUUUAUUCAACCAAAUUUUCUUGGUUUUAUGUCAUUAUUACCAACGUUUCUCCUGUUUGUUAACAUCUCAAAUACUGUUAGACUCUUGGGUGUUUUUAUUAUUUGUGUACUGUACAUAUUACUCUACGUACUUUCAAAGUAUGCUUGAAGCUGCAAUUAAUGUCUCACAGUGACUGUAAUGUUCUUUUAUUUCUUGUUUUAUUAACUUGUAAUAAUUUAAUAUCAACUGUUAAUGUUACAUCAAUUCUAGUCUGAUGCUUCAUGAUUGGUGCUUCAUGUUACUUGCCCUUUUUUAAACAUUUUAUUAUUUUUAUACCUUGUUACAGCUAAUUUGCGGUGAGAGUGUGGGAGUGAAUCUAAAAAAAAAGAGCAGCUUGCUUUGAUUAUUUUGUUACGUUCUUGUCUCAUGUUAUUUGGCGUCUAUCUCGUUAAUAGGGAUGUAGACUUAUGUUUACUAGAGAUUUAAUGUUCAGUCUUAGCGUGUCCUUUACACUUUCAGGGUUUUUAACCAGUUGACUUGGGCAAUUUUGACUGUAAGGGAAGUGACCAUACUUGUUGUCACAUCACAGUCAAUUUGUUAAUCAAGCUGAUGUCAUAUCACUUUGUAGAAGAAAACUAAUAAUUAGCUGCCCUGUUGUCAGUUUCAAGAAUAUUCCUGUAGUGAUAUUGUUGACUUAUAAACCUUGAACUUGUCCUGUCCAUAGAAAUAAUUUUCAAACUAUCUGAAUGGUGCAGUUACUCUGUACUGUCCUCUUUUUUUUUUUUUGGUGUAUGCUGAUACAUUUUUACUUGCCAUGUGCUCUCUUGAAGGAGUCAGCAGGGUUUGAAAGUCAGCACUGCACUGGAUCUUGUGCCAUAUCUAUGUGAGGGUGCUGGUAAUACUAGGAAGGAUAGCAGUACUGCUUUCAUUGAAACCAAGUUCGUCCAUGUUAAGAAGUGGGUAUUUUCUUGGACCAUUAAUUUUCUUGCAGGCAAUAAGAUUUUUGAACUUUGAAAUGUUUACUUGGUAUUCUCUUUUGAGAAUAAACUGUUUGUCACCAUCUUGUGUUACAUAAUAUGGUAAAACAUGUGUCUGUCCUUAUAAUAAAAUUUGCUGUCUUUUUAAAGAGGGUGAAGUCAAUGAGUCCCCUGAAAUAAUUUCUUUUUAAAUACAUAGUUUAUUGUUACGAUUAA